AUGCUCGCCCAGCCUACUCACUCCACCGACAACCAACUUGAUGGCUCAACAAUAGCCGAAGCCUCUCCUGAAGAAUACAGCAAUAAUCCCCUCGUUGACAACGGAGAGACAUUUGCUCGAGACCCAUUUGGAAAAUAUUGCACUCGAAUAUCAGAACCGGACCCGCCUAUUCAGCCAUGGGAUCUUGAGACCAUCGAUCUUGCUUGGAACCCAAUCGGGCUCAACGAGCAGCCAGACAUCUCGGAUCUCCCCUCCAAAGACUAUGCACUAUUUCUGAUAUCUACGGCUCAGUAUUAUCUCGCGCCAUUUGCAAAAAUUAUUGAUCACCCUCAGUUCCGAAAACAAACCGAGGAUUUCUACGAAAACCCUGCCGUUGUAGCGAGAAAAUCCAGAAUGUGGUACUCGCAGUUCCUGUUCACUCUUGCCUUUGGAGAAGCCUAUGCGCAGACAGGAUCAUCUCAGGCAAUCCCGGGGCUCCAAUACGCCUCUCGUGCGUUGUCUCUAAUUCCUAGCAUUAUCCCGAUGGAAAAGAACCCAUUGGCCGCAGUGGAGGCGUUGUGUCUGGGAGCGUUAUAUCUGCAGUCGUUGGAUUCGCGGCUCAUGUCGUUUCAAUUGAUAGGACAUGCCUUGCGCAUUUGUGUCGGCGACGGUCUACACAGACACAUGCCCACCGAUCAUGUCAGUUGGGCUCACUCAAACCGAUGUAACACUGUCUUUUGGAUUGCCUAUAUCAUCGACAGGGACUUUUCGACCUUGGUGGGCGCUCCAAGUUCCAUCCGUGACGAAGAUAUCACGACAAAGCUUCCAUCUGAAAUUGACGACUCGAUGAAUGCCGCCGCCAUGACACUUCAAAUUCGGCUUUCUCGUCUCACGGCCACUAUUUUGACAGGUGUAUAUGGUGUGGAUCGAAAUUUCGAUGGGAGCUUGCUGCGAGAGACACAAUCGGUGCUGCACAAGCUCGCCUCUGUCUGCAGAGAUCUGACCUCGUACCUGGGGACAACUCUCCACGGAACCAACAUCAAAACGUCAAAAUUAGCCACAAGAUUAAUUCUAUCUUAUCAUCAUUGUGUCGUCCUUACCACUCGACCUCUGGUAAUGUGCGUCUUGCAGAGAAGAAUCGCCCUGGGUGAUGACAAAAAGACCAUCCCGGAGGGUCCCAUUAGCUCUCUACUACAAUCCUGCGCUCACUCCGCCCUGAAAAUUCUCAGGGCACUAGAGACCUUGGGAGAUAGUAACUUAUUAGAUUCGUUCUUACCGUUCCAGCUCGAGACAGCUUGGUCAUCGGCAUUCCUUCUGCAUAUAAUCGUUGCAGUGGCCCCGACCUUUGUCGAAGAUAGGACGUGGCUUGCUGCAGCGCACCGAAUAUUUGACAUGAUGAUUGCCAGGGGCAGUCCUGCUGCGCGGCUCCGAAAACGUGACUUCCAACGACUGGAGCAUAUAAUGGCUUCCUAUCUGAGGGAAGGCGAGGGCAAUAACAACACCCAAGACUCAGCCUGCCGCACACCAGGACAAAGUGAUUCGUUCUGGGAUCCCAAUGUUGGCAGCGAGAUGGACGAGUUUUCUCCCUGGGGUCUCCUUGGAAGUGACGGCAACUUCGCCAUCUCACCAAACGAAAUUCUUAACCUUACUGAGGGAUUAAAUAUGGAAGACUUCCUACUACGCGAGUAG